AUUGAAAUUUAGAAUAUCGGGAGAAUUAGAUUUUAAAAUUAUUAAUAAACAUAUAAGGAAGAAUCUAACUCAGCUCAAAAUUAUUCUCCCCGAUACUCAAGUGGUGAAAGAAAUGAAAUCUUAUGGAAUACAAUAAUCGAACGAGAGUGAAAUCAAUAUAAACUCAAAAAAAGAUAUUUGGCUUGAAUUCUCUCUCAACGGUCAUUCUCAGAACAUUUUAGAAGGACGUUCGCUUUGGCUCAAAUUCACCACCCACAUCAUAUGAUCUCAAUUCAUUAACUCCUACAAAACAUCAUCACAUCAUUCAACUCUUUGACACAAAAAUAACGGAAGACCGCCACAAUGUUCAGUCCCGAAUACGAGAAACGUUUACUCAAGCACUUCAGUCCGACGGCUAGAGCUUUGUUCUCAACACCAGAGUCGUCGUCACCAUCGGAUCGAUUCAUUCCAUGCAGAAAUAACAAUAAUUGGGAAACAAAUUACUCAACAUUAGCAAAAUCAAAUGAAAACUCAUCACAAUCGAAUAAAAAGCAGAGAGAAUGUGGUGAGUCAGCUCGUGACAGUUUAGCGUAUUCUUGUCUCUUAAAAAACGAGCUUUUGGGUACCAGUAUCGAUGAUAUCAAGAAUGUAUCUGAUGAUAAAAUAGGCUAUUUGUCAAGUAGUAAUAGAGGAUUAUUCAAAUAUCAACCGCCAGUGAGACAGGAUUUCAACGAUCCAUGUCCAUAUUCGUUGUCACCCGUUACUAUUAAGAGCCAGAAACUUCUACGGUCACCAAGAAAAGCAACACGGAAGAUCUCACGCAUACCAUUCAAAGUUCUCGACGCCCCCGAACUACAAGACGACUUUUAUCUCAAUCUAGUCGAUUGGUCAGCCCAAAAUGUUCUCGCAGUUGGACUUGGCAGUUGCGUUUAUUUAUGGAGUGCUUGUACAAGUCAAGUGACGAGAUUGUGUGAUUUAAGUAAUGAUGGCAACACUGUAACGUCAGUGUCUUGGAGUGAGCGUGGUCAUCAGCUUGCUGUAGGAACACAUCAUGGCUACGUUACUGUUUGGGAUGUCCAAGCUAGCAAGCAAGUAAACAAACUAAAUGGCCAUUCAGCACGCGUCGGGGCUUUGGCUUGGAACGGUGAUAUAUUAUCGAGUGGAUCGCGGGAUCGAUUGAUUAUGCAACGAGAUGCAAGAACGCCACCUCAAACAUGUGAGAGAAGGCUUGAAGGUCAUCGACAAGAAGUGUGUGGGCUAAAAUGGUCACCAGACAAUCAAUACCUUGCAAGUGGAGGAAACGAUAAUAGACUUUACGUUUGGAAUCAACAUUCACUUAGUCCAGUUCAAUCAUAUUCAGAGCAUAUGGCAGCAGUCAAAGCAAUAGCUUGGUCGCCACAUCAUCAUGGUCUUCUUGUUAGUGGAGGUGGAACUGCAGAUCGUUGUAUUCGCUUUUGGAAUACACUCACUGGACAACCAAUGCAAUGUGUAGAUACAGGUUCUCAAGUUUGUAAUCUCGCUUGGUCCAAGCAUUCAUCAGAACUCGUUUCAACACACGGCUACUCGCAAAAUCAAAUUUUGGUUUGGAAAUAUCCGUCGUUAACUCAAGUUGCUAAAUUAACAGGACAUUCCUAUCGUGUGCUUUAUCUUGCAUUAAGUCCAGAUGGUGAAGCAAUUGUCACGGGUGCUGGUGAUGAGACUUUAAGAUUCUGGAACGUGUUUAGCAAGGCUAGAAGUCAAAAGGAGAAUAAAAGUGUUUUAAAUCUUUACACAAACAUUCGAUAGAUCAUCAAUGGUUAUAAACGCUUUGAUUUCUCAUCUUAACUUCAAUUGAAAUCUUCAAGCAAAACCAAAAACUGUUAACAAGAUACGAUGAUUUUUAGUAGAUAAUUAAAUUGGUUUAUUUGAAUUUAUUCGAGUCAUCAUUUCUUUAAUUUCUUUUUCUCUUUUCUUCUAUUUACCUGACCUCCAUUAAAAGAUUUAUUUGAAGAUUUGUGAUUUUUUUUUCUUGUUUUUGGCUUUAUGAAUUAGAAUUUUUUAAUGCUGCUUGGCUUUUCUAUCUUUAAGAUUUGCAGAGUACUAAAUUAUAAUAAAUAACUAACGAUACUUAAGACCAAUAGAUAGAUAUGUUAAUAAAAAUAUAUCAUGAACUAAAGAUCGAUGAAGAGGGGAAAAGAAGAAUGUGUGAGAACAGAAAUGAAAUCAGAAAAUUAAUAUGUUUAAAACCGAACUUUCAAUAAAUAAAAAUAAAUUUUUCAAAUAAAAA